GAGUGUGAACAAGGACGACAGAGGCGUUGGUGUCUCCCCUUUCCCUGCUGUAGUUGUCGCCUUCAGCCCCCUUUGAGCUCCAUCCACCCUUUGCUUCUCGCAACUCCCCUUUCAUGUUUCUCGAGGCGGUGAAGUUAUUUAUGCGCAGCAGCGCUUCGAUUUCGGCAUAUUUCUACUCGAUGUUCCACGAUUGUAAAACUGUAUGGGAAUUUAGUUAUUCCCCUGGGUCGAAGCUUAGCUGUGGCGCGAUCGAGAAUUUAGUUUCUGAUACGCUGUGGUGAAAUGGGGCUCCUGGACAUGAGCGAUUGAGCACGACUGAAUGAUCCGAGUGGCCGAACCAGUUUAUGUACAAGGAUCGAGACGAACUCUUCGUAAGAGUCCUUCGGCCCCGAAAGUGUCAUUGUGUCUGACCGAGGAUGUAAGCGGUUCAUGUUCCUCGAGCAGACCUUAACAGGAUCGUAGCGCAUACAGAAGAGGACUUGACCUGAGCAACGGUUGUCAUGGAUACGCCGCAGCGAACGCCGCGGCGAAUCUCCAAACGAGUUCUUAUGAGAUGGGAGGCUCUAGUUUAUAGAGCGAGGAUGGCAGCAGCCCUAAGAGGAGCAGGAGAGCACCAAGCCCUUGGGGGAGCUUCCAACACCACUGUGCCCGAAACCUUGCGUAGCCAGCGAGCUAAUAUUAACGCCAUUUUGGAGACUGCAGAUGAACUUGGGAAGCAGGAUCAUGAAGUGGCACGAAUAUGCUUAAUGCUAAUUUUUGGUUAUCGCUUGUUGGUCUUGCAAAUGGAGUAGUGUGUGAGCAUGCGUAUACUCUAGUGCAGAACUUGGAUCCAUAUAGUGAAGGCAGAGGUGUAUUGCAGUUCAAGACGGGUUUGCUGUCCGUCAUCAAGCAAAAUCGUUCUAGAACAGCGGGAGAGAAGAUUGUUCGAAGUUUAGAUGCCGUCAAACUUCAAGAAUUCUACAAAAAGUACAGAGAGAAGAACCACCUGGACAAGCUUGAGGCCGAGGCAAAGACGAGUCGGGAAAGUGAUUCCUAUGACGAGGAUUCGGCAACAAUUGAACAACGUACUGAAUUGCAAAGGAGAGUAUACCUGACAGCAAGAAUUAUCAAUGAAGCUAUUGAUGCUCUCACGGAGGAUGGUCAAACCGAAGACCUUGAUCCAGAGUUGAAAAGGAUAAUGGAAGAAGAUGCCAAUAAACUAAGAGAAUACAAGCCCUACAACAUCCUACCCCUUGAGACCCCAGGGGUAACAAAUGCCUUCUCAAGCUUUCCAGAGGUGAUUGGAGCAGCUAGAGCACUUGAGUACAAGGUUUCAUCAUCAGAGCUACCUGAUUUUCCGGAGGACUUCGACAAGCCGCAGGAGAGACGUGUAGAUGUCUUUGAUUUCUUACAGUAUACAUUUGGUUUCCAGGAGGACAACGCUGCAAAUCAGCGAGAGCAUUUGAUAUUAUUACUUUCUAACUCACAAUCACGCCUGGGUGUCCUGGUUGAUACCGAAAUCAAGUUGGAUGAUGGUGCCAUAUCCCACGUGUACCUCAGCAUGAUGGAGAACUACGAGCGGUGGUGCAAGUUCCUAGGCAGGGAGUCCAUGGCAAAGCGUGCCUACUCAAUGCAGUUGAUGAUAUUCCUGACUGCUCUAUAUUUGCUGAUCUGGGGAGAGGCAGCAAACUUGAGAUUUCUACCUGAGUGCCUGUGUUACAUCUUCCAUCAUAUGGCUGAUGAAAUGUAUGAUUUGCUUGAUAAGCGUGAAGUUGAGAGGUCACGGACUUUUAUCCACGGUUCAUCCCAUUCUUUCUUGGACAAGAUUGUUAAACCCGUCCAUGAAAUUUUAGCUGCGGAGUCGAAAAUGUGCGCGGCAGGAAAUGCUCCACAUUCCGACUGGAGAAAUUAUGACGACUUUAAUGAGUUUUUCUGGUCGCCAUCUUGUUUUGAGCUGUCGUGGCCUUGGAGAUUGGAUGCAGGGUUCUUCAGAAAGCCUGAGAAAAAAAUCUACACUGAUGCAGACAGAUGUCUUCGGAACAGGGAUCAUCUGGAGGAGCCAAUAACACUCGAACAAGAGUCUCUACCCCAUACGGGUGAACCGCAGGAAAAAAAAGUGGGGAAGACUCAUUUCGUUGAACACCGGACUGGCUUCCAUAUUUACCACAGCUUCCAUCGACUAUGGAUAUUUCUGGUGUGCAUGCUUCAGGGGCUGGGAAUUUUUGCCUUUUGCGACCGCAGAUUGACGUUACGAAAUAUCAAGUUGAUUAUGAGUGUUGGGCCUACCUUUAUACUCAUGAGACUCAUUCAAUCUGUGAUGGAUGUUACACUGAUGAUUGGAGCUUAUCGGAGCACUAGGAAGCGCAAUAUUUCAAGGAUGUUAAUUCGCUUCGUGUGGUUUAUUGUCCUUUCCACAGUCGUUGUUCUGCUAUAUGUGAAGACAAUUGAGGAAGAAAACAGCGGAUCAGGAGCUGAUACCUGGUUCAGAAUCUUCUACUGGGUAUUGGGCACUUACGCUGUAAUUCACAUGGUCAUUGCUCUGCUACUUCGUGUUCCAUGGUUUCGAAUGCAAGCAGAGAGGUGUUCAAACUUUUAUGUCUUACAAUUCAUUAAAUGGGUACAUCAGGAGCGAUACUAUGUGGGGCACAACAUGUACGAGAGAACUCGCGAUUACUUCUCGUACACAUUAUUCUGGUUCAUCGUUGGAACUUGCAAGUUUGCCUUCAGCUACUUUCUGCAGAUCCAGCCCUUGGUUGAGCCAACCAGAACUAUCAUUGGUAUCAGAAACGUCAAUUAUCGUUGGAAAGACCUUAUCUCACAAAGCAAUCAUAAUGCCCUUACUCUGGUGGCUUUAUGGGCUCCUGUUAUUAUGAUUUACUUCCUGGAUACUCAAGUGUGGUAUAUACUGGUAUCUGCUCUCAUCGGAGGCUUUGCAGGUGCUAGGAUGCAUCUUGGGGAGAUUCGAAACCUUGACAUGUUGCGGUCACGGUUCUUUUCUUUGCCGGGAGCAUUUGUCACAACUUUAGUUCCCACCAGAAGCGUUAGCCAUUCUCAAAUGGACAUGAGUGUUCCUAUCAGUGCACCUAAGGACUUGACUGACAAUGCAAAAGUUGAUGCUAUUCGAUUUGCCCCACUCUGGAAUGAAGUUAUCCUCUCUUUGCGUGAAGAAGAUCUCAUCAACAACAGAGAAAAAGAGUGGUUACUUAUGCCAGAUAACAAAAUCAGACUUGGAGCAUCAGGACAACAGACAUUGGUUCAGUGGCCCUUGUUCUUACUUGCCAAUAAGGUAUAUAUUGGAAUAGAUAUCGUGCUUGAGAACAGGAACUUUUUUCAGAAUGAGCUCUGGGAUAGAAUCAAGCGCGAUCGAUAUUUAGAAAACGCUGUGCAGGAAGCAUUUGUAUCUUUACAAAGCGUCUUGUUGCACUUAUUGAAUGAAGAUGGACGUGCUUGGGUGGAUAAGAUUUACGAAGAUAUUUACAACUCUCUUGAUACUGGAAACGUGUUGCACUUCUUCGAUUUUAAAAAUUUACUCAGUGUUUUGAACAGAGUAACGGAGUUGACAGAAAUUCUGGUGGCCGAGCCUACGAAAGUUGAGGAGAGUGAAAUGCAAGAAGAGCAAUUGAAGAUGCAGGAUAGGGCAGUCCGAGCAUUGGUGGGUUUGUAUGAAGUGGUGAUGAGGGAUUUUCUUGCGGAUUCAGAGCUCAGGGAAUAUUAUGAACAAGAGGAAAAAUUACAGUCUGCCAAACUGGAUGGCAGUCUGUUUAGCGACUUGAAUUGGCCUACUGGACUAUUUAAAGACCAAGUUAAACGACUCCAUUAUAUAUUGACAAUCAAAGAGUCGGCAUUGAAUGUUCCGGUUAAUUUGGAAGCCCGCCGACGUUUGCAGUUUUUCAGCAACUCGUUAUUUAUGUCAAUGCCUCAGCCACCACCUGUUCGAAAAAUGUUUUCUUUCAGUGCGCUCACUCCUUAUUACAACGAGGAUGUCAUGUACAGCAAGGCUCAGUUGGAGGAUAAGAAUGUUGACGGCAUUACUAUAUUAUACUACCUGCAAACUAUCGUACCAGAUGAGUGGAAAAACUUUCUUGAGAGAAUGAUUCCAGGUGUAGAUUACAAUCAGCUGGGACUUUAUACAGAAGCCAAUAUUGAUGCCAUAGAUAUUGUGCAAUUGCGCUUGUGGGCCUCGUAUCGGGGCCAGACUCUUGCUCGAACAGUUCGUGGGAUGAUGUAUUACAAAAAGGCCCUAUUAUUACAAGCACAGCAAGAAGGGGCCUCCGUGGCAGAAGACGAAGAAGAAGGGCACGACAUUGUAACCGAUGAACUUGCACUUGUCAGUUUGAGCACACCUCGCACUCCAAGAGGAUCACUCGUCCGGAAUGCACGCUCUCAGGCAGAACUUAAGUUCUGUCAUGUUGUAACUGCUCAAAACUACGGGAAACAAAAGAACAGUUUGUUAACAGCAGACAAGGAUAGAGCUGCAGAUUUGUUGCGUCUUAUGCAAAUGUAUGAUUCAUUAAGGCUAGCUUACAUCGAUGAAGUGAAGAAGAUGGUUCAAGGGAAAGAGAUUACCGAGUUCUACUCAAAGCUUGUUAAAACGGAUCUAAGUGGCAAGGAACAGGAAAUAUAUUCAAUAAAACUUCCGGGAGAAGUCAUAUUGGGAGAGGAGAAAUCUGAGAAUCAGAAUCAUGCGAUUGUAUUUACUCGUGGAGAGGCCCUUCAAACCGUCGACAUGAACCAGGAGAAUUAUCUGGAGGAAACUCUUAAGAUACGAAACCUUCUAGAAGAAUUUGAUUCAAAAAAACUUGGAUUUCGUCGCCCUAGAAUUCUUGGAGUUCGUGAGCAUGUCUUUACUGGCAGUGUGUCUUCUUUGGCAUGGUUCAUGUCUUUGCAGGAGAGGAGCUUUGUCACGCUUGGGCAACGAGUCCUUGCAAAUCCACUCAAGGUGAGAAUGCACUAUGGACAUUCAGAUGUGUUUGAUCGAAUAUUUCACAUAACGAGAGGAGGUGUAAGCAAAGCAUCAAAGCAGAUCAAUCUCAGUACGGACAUUUUUGCAGGUUUUAAUAGUACAUUACGUCAAGGGAACACUACCCACCAUGAAUAUAUUCAGUGCGGAAAGGGGCGGGAUGUGGGAUUAAAUCAAAUCGCGGCCUUUGAAGGCAAAGUGGCUGCUGGAAAUGGAGAGCAAAUACUCAGUCGUGACGUGUUUCGAUUGGGCCAGCUGUUUGACUUCUUCAGGAUGCUGUCUUUCUUUUUCACUUCAGUUGGUUAUUACUUCACCACCAUGCUUGCAGUGCUGACCAUCUACGUGUUCCUGUACGGCAAAGUGUACCUGGCACUGUCGGGUGUUGAUGCGGCGCUCAAAGCCAACAGUUUAUUGGAUAACACUGCGUUGCUAGCUGCCCUAGACACACAGUUUCUUCUUCAAAUUGGUGUUUUCACAACUGUGCCCAUGAUUGUCAACUUCGUUCUGGAGCAAGGUGUUAUGCGGGCGGUUAUCAGUUUCUUCACCAUGCAGUUUCAAAUGAGUUCACUGUUUUUCACUUUCUCACUUGGAACUAGAACCCAUUACUUUGGUCGAACUAUCCUCCAUGGAGGUACCAAGUAUAAAUCGACUGGAAGAGGUUUCGUCGUGGAACAUGUCCCUUUUGCUGAGAACUAUCGGACAUAUGCACGUAGCCAUUUUGUAAAAGGAAUGGAGAUUAUAAUAUUGCUGAUUGUAUACGUUGUCUACGGGGCUCAUGACUGGACGGCUGCCAGCUACAUUCUUCUCACAUUUAGCAGUUGGUUUCUGGCUCUUUCAUGGUUAUUUGCUCCUUUCGUCUUCAAUCCUUCAGGAUUUGAAUGGCAGAAGACUGUCAAAGAUUUUGAAGACUGGACAAAUUGGUUAUUUCACAAAGGAGGGAUUGGAGAUGAGGGCAAAAAGAGUUGGGAAGUUUGGUGGAAUGAGGAGCAAGCACAUAUUCAUACGUUCAGAGGAAGACUUUGGGAAAUUAUCUUAAGUUCGCGGUUUUUUUUAUUCCAGUACGGUAUUGUGUAUGCCCUCAAUGCAGCAGGCAACAACAAAACUUUCUGGGUCUACGGGUACUCCUGGGUGGUUAUUGUUGGUGUGUUUCUUCUGUUCAAGAUUUUCACAUUUAGCCAGAAGGCAUCAGCAAACUUUCAGCUGAUCGUAAGACUAUUUCAAGGCAUUGUGUUUUUGGCGGUAGUCGCUGGUGUGAGCGUGGCCGUGGUCCUCACAGAACUUACAAUCGGUGACUUGUUUGCUUGUUCCUUGGCUCUUAUUCCAACUGGUUGGGGCCUUCUUUCUAUCGCCAUUGCACUUCGUCCAGUUUUCAAGUGGUUCGGGCUUUGGAAAUCCGUGCGUGGAAUCGCCCGCUUUUACGAUGCAACCAUGGGAAUGAUUCUGUUCAUCCCCAUCGCUCUGCUGUCAUGGUUUCCCUUCGUUUCCACAUUCCAAACACGGCUCGUAUUCAAUCAAGCGUUCAGUCGUGGACUAGAGAUCUCUGUUUUGUUGGCCGGCGACAACCCCAAUGCUGCAAUAUAAACCAGGAGGAAGUUCUAGUUCUAACUUGAACAAUCCCUUAAACAAACGAAAUCUACUUAGAAGCUCCUUCAACAUAGCUAAGGAUAGUUCCCGUCUGAAAAAACUCACUGGCAUGAAUUGCAGGACACAUCACGUACACAGUUGCACAGCCGAUGCAAUGUAUAGCAAGUCGGUUGAGGCAUCUGGCAUUUUCUUUGCAUACUGCACGUCAUGCUUGUUUCAUACAUUUCUGUUAAGAAUUCUGGCUCCACGCUGAUUUACUGGUUCAAACUACCAGCUUUGUCCCGAGA